UUCUCUGUCAUUGAUAGUGUAUUUCUUCAAUCUCUCUCUCUCUCUCUAGUACACUACGGUCUCUCACACAAACCCAUCUAUCUCUCUUUAUCGCUUUCUCUGUGAGUUUCUCUGUCUCUGUGUGUUUUGUUAGCGAAAAAAGCUAUGAAGGCUUCAGAUAACGACCCCAUAACCCUCUCGACCCAACUCCUAUCCACACUCCUAAACCAAAUCUCACAGACACAAAGCUUCAAAGGCAAAUGGGGUCUGAUCAAAACCAAGCUAAACGACCUCCAAACCCAACUCACAGACUUCACCGACUUCCCAAACUCUCGUUCAAACCCACUCUCUCUCGACCUCCUUUACUCCAUUUCCCACACUCUUAACGAUGCUGUUUUGCUCUCCGCAAAGUGCCAGACUUUGAGCUUAUCGGAAGGGAAGCUCAAAACCCAGAGCGAAAUCGAUGCUGUAUUGGCUAAACUCGACCGCCAUGUCAGAGACAGUGAGAUCUUGAUCAAGAGCGGUGUGCUAUCUGACGGUGUCGUUUUUGAGUCGAAGAGAGAGGCUGUGAGAGCUGAGUCGAGGAGUUUGAUAACUCGGUUGCAGAUUGGGUCUGCUGAGUCGAAGAACUCGGCGUUGGAUUUGCUUUUGGAGCUUUUACAAGGGGAUGACAAGAAUGUGAUGAUCGCUGUGGCUCAAGGCGUGGUGCCUGUGUUGGUGAAAUUGCUUGAUUCGAGCUCGUUCGAGAUGAAAGAGAAAGCUGUGAGUUUGAUUUCGAGGAUUUCAUUGGUGGAUUCGAGCAAGCACGUGGUGAUUGCGGAGGGUCUUUUGCUUUUGAACCAUUUGUUGAGAGUUUUGGACUCUGGGAGUGCUUUUGCUAAAGAAAAAGCAUGUGUGGCACUUCAAGUUCUGACCUUUAGCAAAGAAAACGCACGGGCUAUUGGUUCUCGAGGUGGGAUUUCAUCGUUGUUGGAGAUUUGUCAAGAGGGUACUCCUGGUUCUCAAGCUUUUGCAACUGGGGUUCUGAGAAAUCUUGCUUUGUUUAGUGAAAUUAAAGAGAAUUUCGUUGAGGAAAAUGGGGUUGGUGUUCUUUUGGGGGUUAUGAAUUCUGGGACUGCUUUGGCUCAAGAAAAUGCAAUUGGGUGUUUGUGUAAUUUGGUUUCUGAUGAUGAAAGUUUGAAGCUUUUGGUUUUUAGGGAAGAUGGGGUUCAGUGUUUGAUGAAUUUCUGGGACUCUAAUAGUAAUAACAAUAGGGCUCUUGAAGUGGCGGUGGAAUUGUUAUGUCACUUGGCUUCUUGUCAAACUAUUGCUGAAGUUUUUGUUUCAGAAGGGGUUAUAGGUAGGCUUAUGGGGGUCUUGAAUUGUGGUGUGUUGGGUGUGAGAGUUGCGGCUGCUAAAGCUGUUUAUGAGUUGGGGUUUAGUACUAGAACUCGAAAGGAGAUUGGUGAAUGUGGGUGUGUUGGUCCUUUAAUCAGAAUGUUGGAUGGUAAGGCUGUGGAAGAGAAAGAAGCUGCUGCAAAGGCUUUGUCAAUUUUAAUGUUGUAUGCUGGGAAUAAGAAGAUUUUUAAGAAGGAUGAGAGGGGGAUUGUGAGUGCAGUUCUGCUUUUGGACCCUUUGGUUCAGAAUUUGGAUAAGAAAUACCCUGUCUCCAUAUUGGCCUCGCUUGUGCAUUCAAAGAAUUGUAGGAAACAAAUGGUUGCUGCUGGUGCUUGUCUGUUCUUGCAGAAGCUUGUUGGGAUGGAUAUUGAGGGGUCUAAGAAGCUUCUUGAUAGCCUCGGUCGGAGUAAGAUAUUGGGGGUGUUUUCCAGACCUUAGCAAUGGAAAGUGAGCUCGAAUUGGAACAAGCAUGGUUAUAGGAACAUGAGGAUGAUUCGUUGAUCUGUAUGUAAAAUUAGUUGUGUUUAUUUGUUUUCAGUUUUUGUUUAUGGUUUUAUCUGUUUUUAUGUUUACAAUCGCAGUUCGUUUGCUGUAGAGAGGAAAAUGUUACGAGCUUCAUUGUUGAUGCAUACUUCUUUGUAGAGACAUAAUCUUAGGUUUGGUUACCUAACUCGGUUGGAGAUGAUUGUUUUUU